AUGAGAGGCGAGGUUUGCCAUCUCCAUAUUGGCCAGGCUGGUACCCAGCUUGGAAACAGUGCUUGGGAACUAUAUCUUCUCGAGCACGGUUUGAAGGCUGAUGGUCGUCUGAACCCUGAAGCCACUGAUAUUGGCGAAGCCGGCUCCUUUGAGACAUUUUUCACAGAGACUGGCAGUGGCAAAUAUGUCCCCCGUUCCAUCUUCGUUGAUCUGGACCCUUCACCAAUCGAUGAGAUUCGCACCGGUCCUUAUCGCCAGCUCUUUCACCCUGAGAUGUUGAUUAGCGGAAAGGAGGAUGCUGCUAAUAAUUAUGCUCGUGGUCACUACACUAUCGGAAAAGAACUGGUAGACAGUGUCAUUGACCGCAUUCGUCGUGUUGCUGAUAACUGCUCAUCCCUCCAAGGAUUUUUGAUCUUCCACUCGUUUGGUGGUGGUACCGGUUCUGGUUUUGGUGCCCUCCUCUUGGAACGUCUCUCCACCGACUACGGCAAAAAGUCCAAGCUCGAAUUUGCUGUGUACCCAGCCCCCCGUGUCUCGACCGCCGUUGUUGAGCCGUAUAACGCCGUUCUCUCCACCCACAGCACCAUCGAGAACUCCGACUGCACAUUCCUUGUCGACAACGAGGCCGUAUACGACAUCUGCCACCGAAACCUUGAUAUUCCCCGCCCCGGUUAUGAGCAUCUCAAUAGCCUCAUCGCCCAAGUUGUCAGCUCCAUCACCUCCAGCUUGCGCUUCGAUGGCGCUCUAAACGUUGAUCUCAAUGAGUUCCAGACCAACUUGGUCCCUUACCCCCGUAUUCACUAUCCUCUCAUCAGCUACGCCCCCGUUGUGUCCAGCAACAGAAGCUCCCACGAAAGCUUCAAGGUCCACGACCUUACCUUCCAAUGUUUCGAACCAAACAACCAAAUGGUCGUCUGUGACCCCCGUAAUGGAAAAUACAUGGCCGUCGCCCUCCUCUACCGCGGAGAUGUUGUCCCCCGCGACUGCAACGCCGCUGUUGCAUCUCUCAAGGCCAAGACCUCCUUCAACCUCGUAGAAUGGUGUCCAACUGGCUUUAAGAUUGGCAUCAACUACCAGAAGCCAAUGCGCGUGCCAGGUGGGGAACUUGCCCCUGUCGACCGCUCUGUCAGCAUGUUGUCCAACACCACCGCUAUCGCUGAGGCCUGGAGCCGUCUCGACCACAAGUUCGACCUUAUGUACUCGAAACGCGCCUUUGUACACUGGUAUGUUGGUGAGGGUAUGGAGGAAGGUGAAUUCUCUGAGGCGCGUGAAGAUCUUGCUGCAUUGGAGAAGGAUUAUGAGGAAGUUGCUAGUGAUAGCUUGGAUACGGAGGGCGAUGAGGGACUUGAGUAUUAG